AUGGGAAGCUGCGGGGGCAGUGCCUGGGAUAGCAGCACACAGAGACUCCCGGCCCACCCUGCCUAUGAGCUCCAGCUCCCGAGGCUGCCUGCAGCGCCGAUCGCCUGCCGGGAGCUGGAGGGAGGAGCCGCGGCCGGGCCCGAACGCGACGCGGCAGGGGUGGUGGCUGAGGCCGGGGAACGCGCCCUGCAGCGCUUUUACGCGCACCGCGUGUUCGUGCAGGGCGAAGGCGAAGACUGGCGCGCCGGGAGCAGCUCCGAGGUGCUGAGCAAGGCGGUGGCGAAGCUGAUCGAGUGGCUGUACCCCGAGGACGCCAGGCCCGUGGGGAGCCACGAGCAGGAGCUGCACGUCCAGAGCCGCGCCAGCGCCUUCCACUUUCUCAUCCCGCUGCGCUUCCCCCCCGAGCUCCGGCUGAUGGGCCGCAGGCCGGUCCGGGACCCGAGCGCCCUGGAAACGCGGCUCCCCACCUACAUCUGCGGGGCGGGGCGCGGCGCUGCCGGUGUUCCGCUGCGGGAGCGGAGUGGUGCUGGAGCGGGACACGCUGCGAGCGGAGGGGGCCACCGCCUACUGCGAUGCGCCCAGGGCAGCGGAGAGAGACAAAUUCAAGGAUUAAUUUGUUGUGCCCUGUGAUUUGGGGCUUUGUCCCACAUUCGAUCCUUG